AUGCUAAUCGACGACGAAGGUGCAUUACGUGACUGGCUUGUGGUCACACUUGAACCGAUAUGUGACGCCGAACCUAUUGCUCUAGCUCGUUAUGUACUUGCACUAGUUGCUAAAGACAAACCCCUAGAUAAAUUACGUGAAAAUUGUGUUGAUCGCCUAGAAGUUUUUCUUGAUCGAGCUACGAAAGAUUUCGUCGAUCAAUUAUUUGAUGCAAUACGAAAUCGAAAAUAUAUCACCGAUGGAAAGAAAGAAAAUGUCCAACCGAAACCAAUUGAAAAUAUUGUCGAACUAUCCGACAGUCAGCAACAGCAGAAUGUUCCAUCAUCAUCAUCGAAAGACGAAGAAAUUCAAUCGAAUACAAUCCCAACAACGUCGUCUUCAUACUCGGCCAAAAGACGGUACUCAUCACGUCGCAAUGAUAAUCAUAAACGUCCAUCUCCAGGUUCACCGGCAGCGAAGCGCUCUCAGCGUACUUAUUCCCAUUCUUCAACUGAUUCGUCAUCUCCUCCAUCGCCAGCAACCGCAUCUAAAAUUCCUUGUAAAGACUUUUUUGAUAAUAAGGGCUUCUGUGCUUUGGGCGAUACAUGUCCAUAUGAUCAUGGAUCGAACGUUCUUUCUCUGGAACAACAAAACUACUAUUCAUCUUAUCAACCAUAUGAUAAUUCUUCAUCGCAUUUUCAUCAACAAUACAAUCCUGAAACACCUGAUUUGAAAUACGAUUCACAUCCUAUAUCAUCGAUGUAUUCAAGACAACCAGCACCACCUGGUCAACGAACAUUAGUUACUGUAGUUACCAAUGCGGAACCAUUGCCAUUAGAACAACGACUACGGCACAAUGAAUCAGGCGGCCCAAUGCCUCGCACAAAACGACAUGUGACCACGACGCCUUAUCCCACAGAUAAACGAGCUCAACAACGUGAUCAAGGAAAGCAUGAUGGUUACCAUAAUAGAAAUCGUCGACGUCCAUGGCAAAAAUCGGAUUCAGCAUCAUCAGGAACAGCAACUCUUGAAAUACGUAAAAUUCCUGCUGAAUCUAAUACAAUUUCCAGAUUAAACGAACAUUUUAGUAAAUUUGGUACUGUUACCAACGUUCAGAUUGCUUUUGACGGUUCACCUGAUUCAGCACUCAUCGCUUACGGUACAUUUCAAGAAGCUGAAACGGCAUAUAAAAACCCCGAACCAUUAUUCAACAAUCGUUUUAUCAAAAUCUUCUGGCAUAAUCCCAACAAAGCACAGAAUCCAUCGAACCCAACUUUACCAGCGCCAGAUACUAAUACAGCAAAGAAACCAACUACUCCUUCUAAUCCGACGAAACACCAUUGGGCAAAAGGUCCAAAAUCUUCUCCAACGAAAACUGAAACACCACCAAAAAAGAAACCAACGAUUCCACCUGCUCCUUCGAUAAUCAAAAAAGAGGCAGCAAAGAAAGCGGCCAUUGAAAUUCGCCGCAAAAAGCAGGGCUUGUUGGAAGAACAAAUUCAGCAGCAAAAGUUGCUACUGAAGAAACUCGAAACAGCCGAAACGCCUGAAGAAAAAGAAUCGAUUCGUUCAUUAAUGAAGCAAGUCGAUGCGACUAUCGUCACACUCAAAGAUUCGUUACAUACAGCACCAAUCAAAGCAGUAGCAGCGGCAGCCAUACCAGCUACUAAAGUUAGUCAACAAGAUCUCCUCAAACAACGUGCUGAAACAUUGAAAAAACAAAUCGAAAGCCUUCGAGCUAAAACAUCUGCAGAUAUGGUACAUAGAAAAUCAUUUUUUUCCACCUCAUAUUCAUACUUUCUUUGUUCACAGCGGCGUGCAAUGAGUAAUACAUUAGAAACCAAACUUCCUCCUGCCAAUCAAAGUGCCGAGCCUGAUGUCGACGAAGAGCUUCGUUUACUGAACGAGGUCAACGAUAAUCAAUACUUGCUUGACAAUGAUAAAAGUCGAAAUCAACAAUAUGAACUCGAAACUCACGAUGAAGUUCAAUUACUCGAUUAG